ACGGUGAUGAUCAUGGUGACGACGACGACGAUGAUGAUGAUGAUGAUGAUGGUGAUGGAGCCGCGCGUCCGAUUCAGUCGGGCUCAGUGUGGCGCGCCGCUGCUCCGACGAUGCCCGCACACCACCCGUGUCUCACAGCCCCACGUCACGCCACGUUACUUCCGAGGACUUUUGCCACCGCGCACUACUGAAGGAAUUCGCUCGUUCCUGUUCGCGCGACCUUGUCAAUGAUCUUAAGUUCGCGCAUUUUGUGCGUGCGUGUGGUGGCGACCGUACCGGCUGUGCUUUGAAUGACGGUUAAAACAGGUGGGCGUCAAGCAGCGCACAGGAGGAAGAGGAGGCGAGCAUCGGACAAGGCGACACUUUGCUCGCGGUUGGGAGACGCUUUAAAUUUAACCGGUGGAUGCGAGUCCUUCCGCCGGCAUCUGCUCCCACGUCCUGGGCUGGAGGGGCAGCAGGACGAGGCGUAUUGGGGACGCAGAGGGAAUAUCGGAACACACGGGAUGAGGAGAAAGAUGUGAAGAGGCUGGUGACUCUUGGACGGACAAGUUAGCCUUCAACAAUCAAAACAAGGUCUCCAACAGUCUUCCGUUGUUCAUCCAUCCACUUUCCACCGUUUCCUAACCCCCCCACCCAAAAACAAAACAAAAAACCUGGUAAACAUGAAGGCUUUGCACAGGACUUCAUCGCCUGAGGGCAGAAUGGGAUUAUUAGCUCCUUUGUUAGCCUUCUGGCUACUAGCGUGCCUUGCUCAGUGCAGCGGGCAGACAUUCACUACCUUCCACCCGGAGCGGCGGGACUGGUUCUUCAACCACCUGACUGUUCACCGAACCACAGGGUCCGUGUAUAUUGGCGCUGUGAACCGUGUGUACAAGCUCUCGGGCAACCUGACCCUGCUGGUGUCCCAUGACACGGGCCCAGAGGACGACAACAAGGCCUGUUACCCGCCCUUGAUAGUGCAGCCCUGCUCGGAGCCUCUGGUCUCAACCAACAACGUCAACAAGCUUCUCCUCAUCGACUACUCGCAGAACCGCCUGCUGGCGUGCGGCAGCCUCUACCAGGGCGUCUGCAAACUCCUCCGACUGGAUGACCUUUUUAUCUUAGUAGAGCCCUCUCACAAGAAAGAGCACUACCUCUCCAGUGUCAAUCAGACUGGGACCAUGUAUGGGGUCAUCGUGCCCUCACGAGGCCAGGAUGGCACACUGUUUAUCGGCACCGCGGUUGAUGGAAAGCAGGACUACUUCCCGACCAUAUCGAGCCGCAAGCUUCCACGCGACCCAGAAUCGUCCGCGAUGCUUGACUACGAAUUGCAUACCGACUUUGUUUCCUCAUUAAUCAAGAUACCCUCAGACACGCUAGCUCUGGUGUCCCACUUUGACAUUUACUACGUUUACGGCUUCGCGAGCGGCAGCUUUGUGUACUUUUUGACCGUUCAGCCGGAGACGCCAGAAAACGGCAUGUCGUCAAGCGGCUCCACCAGCGACCUCUUCUACACUUCUCGCAUCGUUCGCCUCUGCAAGGACGACCGCAAGUUUCACUCAUACGUCUCCCUCCCCAUCGGCUGCGUGAAAAACGGCGUGGAGUACCGGCUCUUGCAGGCCGCCUACCUCGGCAAGCCGGGAAGCGUGCUGGCGGCGUCGCUGCACAUCGCCGCUCAAGACGAUGUGCUCUUCGCCGUCUUCUCCAAAGGCCAGAAGCAAUUUCACCAUCCUCCCGAUGACUCUGCGCUCUGCGCCUUCACUAUCCGUGACAUCAACACACGCAUCAAAGAGCGCCUGCAGUCCUGCUACCAAGGCGAGGGACACCUGGAGCUCAACUGGCUACUUGGAAAGGAUGUUCAGUGCACAAAAGCGCCGGUGCCCAUCGACGACUCUUUCUGCGGUCUGGACAUAAACCAGCCUCUCGGCGGCUCCCAGCUGGUGUCCGGACACACCCUCUACACUGAGACCCGCGACCGCAUGACCUCAGUCAUCUCCUACGUCUACAAUGGCUACUGUGUGGCCUUUGUGGGGACGAAGAGCGGGCGCCUGAAGAAGAUUCGCAUCGACGGCCCUCCGCACGGCGGCGUCCAGUACGAGACGGUGUCGAUCAUGAAGGACAGCAGCCCCAUUCUCCGAGAUAUGGCAUUCUCGCUGGACCGAGCUCACCUCUACGUCAUGUCUGAAAGACAAGUGACCCAAGUUCCCAUCGAGUCAUGUGAGCAGUACGGGACGUGUGGAGAGUGUCUAAGCUCCGGGGACCCGCACUGUGGCUGGUGUGUGCUGCACAACAUAUGCUCCCAGCGGAACCGUUGCAAUCGUGCGCACGAGCCGUACCGUUUCGCCGCCUCUCUGGACCAGUGUGUGAAGGUCACGGUGUACCCCGACAGCAUCGCCGUGUCUGAGCCUAGCGUACCGCUGCUGGUGAAGGUCAGCGAUGUUCCGGACCUUUCAGCAGGAAUAACCUGCUCCUUUGGUAAUCUGACAGAGGUGGAGGGGCAAGUGAAUGGCAACCAGAUCCUGUGCGUCUCCCCCGCUGCCAAGGACGUCCCCCUCAUUCCUUCCGACCAAGAUUGGUCGGGUGUUGAGCUCAGACUGAACUCAAAGGAGACGGGUCAGAUGCUCAUUAGCACUGAGGUCAAGUUUUACAACUGCAGUGUCCACCAACUGUGUCUGUCAUGUGUGAACAGCGCCUUCCGCUGCCACUGGUGCAAGUACCGCAACCUGUGCACCCAUGACCCGUCCAGCUGUUCUUUCCAGGAGGGAAGGGUCAACGCCUCCGAGGACUGUCCACAGCUGGUGCGCUCCGAGGAGAUUCUGAUCCCGGCGGGGGAGGUGAAGCCCAUCACCCUCAAAGCCAAGAACCUGCCACAGCCGCAGUCUGGCCAGCGGGGCUACGAAUGCGUCCUUCACAUCCAGGGGGUCAGCCACCGCGUCACCGCCCUCCGAUUCAACAGCUCCAGCGUGCAGUGCCAGAACAGCUCGUACUUGUACGAGGGGAUGAAAAUCAGUGAGCUGCCCGUGGAUUUCUCUGUGGUGUGGAACGGCAACUUCAUUAUUGACAACCCAGAGAACAUUCAGGUGCACUUGUACAAGUGUGCCGCUCAGAGGGACAGCUGCGGCGUGUGUCUGAAGGCCAACAGAAAGUUCCAGUGCGGCUGGUGCAGCAGCGAGGGGAAGUGCACCCUGCGUCGACACUGCCCUCCCAUCAACCCCUACACCACGCGCUGGCUGAACCUUUCCAGCAAAAACGUCAAGUGCACCAACCCACGCAUCACUGAGGUGACCCCGGUGGCUGGUCCCCCCGAAGGAGGCACACGGGUGACCAUCCAUGGAACCAACCUCGGUCUGGCCUUCUCGGACGUGGUGGGUAAUGUGGAAGUGGCAGGAGUAAGGUGUGCUCCCGUGGAGGAUGGCUACAUCAUUGCUGAGCAAAUUGUGUGCGAGAUGGAUGCUGCCCCUGCAGGCAGUCAACCUGGUCCAGUGCAGCUUUGUGUCAGCGAGUGCCGACCUGAACUCAGAACUCGAUCUAAUCAACUCUACUCCUUUGUGACACCCACAAUCACAGGCUUGUCACCCAGCAGAGGUCCAGAGUCCGGCGGCACCAAAGUUACGAUCAUCGGAGAAAACCUUGGUGCUGGCAGUAGCGUUAACGUUCUGUUUGGAAACCAGUCGUGUGAGUUCUUCAGUCGAACUAUGACAGAGAUUGUGUGCUGCUCCGCACCUUCUCUGUCCGGCAUCAGCUCGGUCCAGAUCAGCGUCAGUGUGGAUCACUCCCAAAUCAGGGAAAGUCUCACCUUCGAGUACAUUGAAGAUCCCACCGUGGUGCGCAUUGAACCCGACUGGAGCAUUGCCAGUGGCCACACCCCCUUGAUGGUGACCGGCACGAACCUGGAUGUGGUUCAGGAGCCCAGGAUCCGAGUCAAGUAUGCCGGCAAAGAGUCAGUCAAUGUGUGUAAAGGGUUGAAUGCGACCAGCAUGAGCUGCUCCGCUCCCUCCCUGGUGGAAGACUACCAUCCAGGCUUGGACACUGUGAAACACGCGGACGAAUUUGGCUUCAUUUUCAACAACGUGCAGGCGCUGCUGGUUUACAACACCACCACCCUCCUCUAUUACCCAAACCCUUACUUUGAACCUCUGAGCACCACCGGGGUCCUAGAGCAAAAACCAGGCUCUCCCAUCAUUCUCAAGGGCAAAAACCUGCUUCCUCCAGCUUCAGGAGGGGUGAAGCUUAACUACACAGUGCUGAUUGGAGAGACCCCCUGCUCUGUGACCGUGUCCGAGAGCCAGCUGCUAUGUGAGCCGCCCAACUUCACUGGACAAUACAAAGUCAUGGUUCAAGUCGGCGGCCUCCACGUCUCACCCGGAACCGUGCACAUCAUGUCAGACAGUCUACUGACCCUUCCGGCGAUCGUCAGCAUCGCCGCCGGCGGUGGCCUACUCCUCAUCAUUGUCAUCCUCGUCCUGAUUGCCUACAAGCGAAAGUCACGUGAGAACGACCUCACGCUCAAACGGCUGCAGAUGCAAAUGGACAACCUGGAGUCUCGAGUCGCCCUGGAGUGUAAAGAAGCCUUUGCCGAGCUGCAAACCGACAUCAAUGAGCUCACCAGCGACCUGGACAGAGCCGGCAUUCCGCAUCUGGACUACAGGACCUAUGCCAUGAGGGUGCUCUUCCCUGGUAUUGAGGAUCAUCCUGUUCUCAGAGAGCUGGAGGUGUCAGGGAAUGGCCAGCAGAAUGUGGAAAAGGCCCUGAAGCUCUUUGGUCAGCUUAUCAACAAUAAAGUGUUCCUGCUCACCUUCAUCCGAACUCUGGAGAUGCAACGCUCCUUCUCAAUGAGGGACCGCGGCAACGUGGCCUCGCUCAUCAUGACGGCCUUACAGGGACGCCUGGAGUACGCGACAGACGUCCUCAAGCACCUUUUGUCGGAUCUCAUCGACCGCAACCUGGAGAGCAAGAAUCAUCCCAAGCUGCUGCUGCGGAGAACAGAGUCGGUUGCAGAGAAGAUGCUCACCAACUGGUUCGCCUUCCUGCUGCACAGGUUCCUGAAGGAGUGCGCCGGUGAACCUCUUUUCAUGCUUUACUGCGCCAUCAAGCAGCAGAUGGAGAAAGGGCCCAUCGACGCCAUCACCGGAGAGGCCCGCUACUCUCUGAGCGAGGACAAGCUGAUCCGCCAGCAGAUCGAGUACAAAACACUGAUCCUAAACUGUGUGAACCCGGACAACGAGAACAGUCCAGAGAUUCCGGUAAAAGUGCUGAACUGUGACACCAUCACCCAAGUGAAAGAGAAGAUCCUGGAUGCCGUCUACAAGAAUAUGCCCUACUCUCAGCGGCCGCGGGCAGUCGACAUGGACCUCGAGUGGCGCCAGGGACGGCUGGCUCGCGUCGUGCUGCAGGACGAAGACAUCACCACCAAGAUAGAAAGCGACUGGAAGCGACUGAACACGCUCUUGCACUACCAGGUGUCGGAUCGUUGUGUGGUGGCUUUGGUGCCCAAACAGACGUCGUCGUACAACAUCCCACCCUCAGCGAGCAUAUCGCGAUCAUCCAUCAGUAGAUAUGAUUCUUCGUUCCGUUACACUGGCAGUCCCGACAGCCUGCGUUCUCGCGCUCCCAUGAUCACGCCGGAUCUGGAAAGUGGUGUAAAGGUGUGGCACCUGGUGAAGAACCAUGAGCACGGAGACCAAAAGGAAGGAGACCGCGGCAGCAAGAUGGUUUCGGAGAUCUACCUGACCAGGCUACUCGCUACCAAAGGAACGCUCCAAAAAUUUGUUGACGACCUGUUCGAAACAUUGUUCAGUACAGUUCACCGAGGUAGCACGCUGCCGCUAGCCAUCAAGUACAUGUUCGACUUCCUGGACGAACAAGCUGACAAGCACGGCAUAUAUGACACGGAUGUCCGCCACACGUGGAAGAGCAACUGCCUUCCGCUGCGUUUCUGGGUGAACGUGAUCAAGAACCCACAGUUUGUGUUUGACAUCCAUAAGAGCAGCAUCACGGACGCCUGUCUGUCUGUGGUUGCUCAGACAUUCAUGGAUUCUUGCUCCACUUCUGAACACCGCCUGGGCAAAGACUCCCCAUCCAAUAAGCUCCUCUACGCUAAAGAUAUCCCCAAUUACAAGAGCUGGGUAGAGAGGUACUACGCCGACAUCAACAGGCUGCCAGCCAUCAGCGACCAGGACAUGAACGCCUACUUGGCCGAACAGGCUCGACUCCACUCCAGCGAGUUCAACAUGCUAAGCGCCCUGAAUGAGAUCUACUCGUAUAUCAGCAAGUACAGCGUGGAGAUCACGGCAGCCUUGGACCAGGACGACCAUGCCAGGAAGCAGAGGCUGGCCUACAAGGUGGAGCAGCUCAUCGCCGCUAUGUCCUUCGAGAGCUGAGCAACAGACAAGGACUUGUGGAGCGAUGCUUUCUCGACCGGUCGUGCAAUACGGGCGUACGCUUGCUUUAGUUUGUGUCUCAGACUCCGCCAUCAUGGCACAUGACCCUGGACCUCCGAGCCCCUCACCUGGAAAGGGAUGCCAGCAUGGAAGGCCACAACAGGACUUUAUUUAUUUAUUGGUGUCGUCGCCUGGGACAUUGUCCAAAUGGAACUUGUGUGCGUGUGUGUGUGUGUGUGUGUGUGUGUGUAUGUGCGUGCGUGCGUGCGUGCAGGAGAAAAGCGGUCGAGAUCUCAUGCUGGACUGCUGCAUUCAGAUUUUAUUUUUAUACUCUUGACUUUUAAAUAUGAUCAGUUAUCAUUGGAAUCAGCACCUGGGGACCGCAAAAUUUUGGUGUUGUCCAACACUCUUCUUCGGAUGAAAGAGUCACAUGACGUAGACAGUGUACAGGACCAAGGAGCGAAGGAAGAGGGCGGGCGGCAUGCAUCUGUAAAUGUAGCAGUGUUGAUAAGGCCAAUGUGAAUGUAGAAUAUUCUUUUUCCCUGAAGGACGAAUGGAAGUGGGCUUCCAGGACGUUUUUUUUUUUCCAGCUAACCCAAGAUUUAAGCAGUUCCCUGCAUCGCUGCUCAUACCAAGCCAAAAUCCUCCGUUUGCAUCCUGUUUUCAUAUCGUGGUUUGUUUGCAUACUGUGCCACAUCACAUAUGUCAGCUUUUCAAACGAUCAAUCCAAGUGCCAACACGUUGAGCUGACCGGUCGCAGGCCUUGAUAGGACCUCUGCCGUCGUCUCUGCACAGGCAGCAAGAAGCCAAGAUGUGUGGGUCUUGUUUGACCGAGUGCCAAAAGACUCUUGCUCAAAAAUCGGUUAAUGCUUUAAAAGUGGAACUUCAAGCUGCGCCAAGGUUUGCUAGCGUAAAGAGAUGUGAUGCUCGAGGUACGAAACAAGACAUCAAAGGAAGGAGAUAAUCAUGAAACCAUCAUGACUCAUUCUGCAGAAUUACUCCAGAUAGUCAACAAGGCAACAGUAAUCUUCCUAUCUGCCGGUAUAUUUUCUGACCUACAGUAUAUACACAUACGUAUAUGUUGUCCAAAGCGCUUUACCAACCCUCCUAUUCACUUUGUUGAAAACAUAUAAGACUUUCCACUGACGCACUAACGCAGAUGCAUCAACUUACAGAAACACAAUUAUUUUUUAGUUGAAAAUAACUUACUUUAACCCCCAUACACUAGGAACCAAACAUAAAACAGAUACGUGGAAAGAACAUGAAUCCACUGGAAUAUGUCCAAUCUAUUAAGGUUCCACUUUGCAGAUCAAAUGGCUGAAAGUAGAAUUUCCCAACCCGUAUUGAGGAAAUCGGAAUCAGAAUCAGAAUCGCCUUAAAGGCACAUAUUUUACAAAAGAAAAUGAACACUUCUUAUUUACUUAACCCACACACACACACACACACACACACAACUGACCUGAACUGGUCGCCAGUCAGUCGCAGGGCACACAUAGUGACAAAGAACAAUUAACACCUACGUCGUCACUGAGUGGGAACCGAUCCCGCGCUGCCCGCACAGGACGUAGACAAGCUACACUAUCAGUAACUGACACAAAAAAAAAUGUUAGAAAACAAAGUAAAGAUUUUUUUUUUAAUCAGUGUCAAAAAUACCUUUGCUGUUGUCUGACCAAUUGCUCCAGUCAACUCAACCGUAUUUAUAGAGCACUUUAAAAUGAAUUGGAUCAUUUCCCAUGGCACAUCUGAUCAUGUCUCACAGCACCUUAAUGUUCAAACCAUGUUUACAGUGGUUUACGAUCACCGACUUAAAGCAUUUAAUUUAAAUUCAAAGAGGCAAAAUUUAGAUUAUUCUUAGUCUGGUGUUAGGGCUGAAUGUGUUUGCUCAUGACACAUAGUCUUGACAUCACUUAUGAAAGGUGGCCUUAGAUAUAAUCCUGCUCCAUUUUUUUUCCAAUAUCAUUCGUCCUCAACAAAGUAAAGGUGAAGAAGAGCAUGAGCAGGUUCAGGCAGACGUUGCCCGGCUCACCGUUCGAAGGCAGACGUCGGGGAAUAAUGAUGGGGAAGGAGGGAACGGAUGGGCGGGAGACUCCCCUUCAUCUUCCUGCUCCUGCUUUGAUGCUUCUCUUUGAUCAGACUUGCUGGUUUUGCGCCGGACCUGAAGAGGUAACAGGCAAGAGGAAGUCAGGGCUUGGCGAUGACUGCGAUGCUGUGGCCAUGUCCUGCCAAUAGGGGCGCGCAUGGGAAUGUGGCGACAUUCUUCUUCUCUGCUAUGUCAGACAACUUCCGUUUGAAUACCGAGUCCUGUAUCUCUACAUCUUUGCAAAUGUAUUCACCAAACUCAUAAUAGGUCCAAGAAAUCAUUUCAAACGAUGUGAAAAUAAUGCUGCCGUCAUACUUGAGACCAGCUAUCCACCACAGCUGAUUAGGUUUCAUAUAUAUUUUUAUAUUUAUUUGGAUGUAUUUAUUUGUAAAAAAAAAUACCCCAAAAGAUUGAAAAAUAAAUAAAUAAAAGGGACCUUGUACAUUAAUAAAUAUUCAUACCAAUGUACUGUAAAUACCUUUGAUCUUGGCUUGAUGGUAUUGGUUGUUUCUAAUUAUUAGAUUUGAAUUUUUGACAAACUUAUCAUCAAAAACCUGCCUGCUAACAUUUUUGUUUGUCUGUCUGUUUUGGCACACUUUUUCUCGCAAGUCACAUUGAUCUCUUCCUCUGCGUAUGGUUACUCAUUUCUCAUUAUAAACCUGUGAUGUGGUCCUUUCGCUACAGUCUGUGCUUUACCAUGUAGAAAUCCCUCGGAUUUCUACAUGUAGACAUAACAUUAUGCAUAAAUACGUUAAGGCCUAUUCGUAAAACAGUAGCGCCAAUAAAAGUAACAUUGCAAAGUGUGUAAACACUCAAAUGCGCUAAAACUGUCCACAUUGCUCCAUACGUUUGUCGAAGUGGACAUCUCUACUGAACCUCAAAGGAGACUUUUUUUUUCACAAUUUAAAGGGGAAGUCAACCCCCCCCCAAAAAAGAAAAAAUCUCUCCAAUGAUCUGUUCUAUGUGUCCUACUAGUCUAAACACAAUAGUCUGAUUUAUAUUGUGUUUGUGGAAUUGGACUUCAGCAAAAUCCAACUGUAUUUAUCCAUCUCAGGGGGCGGCCAUUUUAUACAGAACAAGGCAAAAUGGCUGCUCAUUAAGUACAGUAAGUGGCAGUACAACUUGUACUGCCUCUUGCCGUCAACUGAAAAUGACAUCUCUGUACCAAAGGGCUCAGGUAACGACCGUUACGGCUCACCUGUUUUCCAGGCUUGGUCAUGUGAUGUUUGCAAGCUUUUCUGCUUCAUUCAUAUUCCACAAAUGCAAUAUUAAUGCCAUGUUUAGACGAGCGGGGCCGCAAACAAGAUACUUUUGGACGUGACUUCCAUUUUAAUAAACGGUCUCACAUGUCGGGUAAAAAUACAGAAAGGCUAGAGAAUCCAUGCCCAACUAACAUCUAAUGUACAUUUAACAAUUCUCUUGCAUUGAAAAGAUCCACUCGGUCACCCUGCCUACCUGUUGCUGACAAUGCUGAGUACAACUUUUACUACCUUGGCGACUAAAUGCCAGCGCUCAGGCUUUUCAAUCUCGGCUAUCUUUCACUGAGCUUUGCCCAGCUUGUAGCUAAACUAUGGGCGCAGAAACUCGAUGUGGGUGUGGCUAUUAUGUAACUCGGCGACUGUUGCAUCACGGCGGAGCAGAAAUUCUGAACAUUAGCUCACUUAAACAGUUUCAGAAAUCACACACUAAAGAUUAACUUUGAUGUGUGGACAGGUCAUCCAGAGACCCAAAUAUUUGCAUAUGAGCAAUUAAAAACGAAUUUAUCCACGUGUCCUUGAAGAAACAUUAAUGAUAUCGCUUAGUAAAGCUCGUGAUCCAUUUCCAAUUUUUUUUCUUGUUUUUAACUAGAAUCAGUCAAUCAGUCUUCCCGACCUCAGCAUAUACGAAACAUAUCCUCCUCAUACCUCACGUUGCUUGUACAGAGUAAUGCUUUUUUUAAUCAUUCGAAACAGGACCUAAAUGCCUUCUCCUCUUCCAAGGGAUGAAACGUUCGUCUCAAUGCAUUCCGAGGCUUCGAUUCAUCUCAUCCUCCUGAGAUGGUCAGCUGCAAGUGUUUUUAAUUCAUGCUUUUAGUUUGGCCCGCUACUCCAUCUGCGCCUCCUGAAACCCC